UCUCAGGUUCUUGGCUGAAACCAGGAAGUGUUCAGAGCUGUUAAUGUGGCCAUGGCGUCUGCAGGUAAAACUUUUAGGGCUGGCAACAAAAGCUCUCGAUUUCUUAAUGUGACUGUGGACAAAAAGACUCUGGAGAAAGUUUUUAAACUUCUGGAUAAGUUAAGACGUUUGUGCCAGAAUCCCCGGCUUCAGCUGAAAAACAGCCCUCCUUACAUCAUUGAACUAAUACCAGAUACAUUUCAAUUGCUUCGUCAGAUUGAAAUAAGCUAUGAGCUCCGAUCUGACUUUCUUUGGGAAAAUGACUACUUCAGUGUGUAUCUCACCCACCUGCUCAACAAGACCAAACAAUCAAUCUCCUUGUUUAAGGAACACAAGGAUAGGAUGUACGAAGAAGGCUCAUCUGCAAGGCGGCAUUUCACCAAGAUGUCCCUGAUUUUUAGUCAUAUGUUGGCUGAACUGAAAGCCAUCUUUCCAAAUGGAGUGUUCCAGGGAGAUAACUAUAGAAUUACUAAAGUGGAUGCUGCAGAAUUCUGGAGAAAAUCCUUUGGAAAUCGGUGCAUUGUGAGUUGGAAGGAAUUCCACGACUAUCUCUAUAAGGUUCAGUUUUUUGACCCAGGAAUGGAAGCUGUGGCCUUGAGAUCUACCAUAGACUUAACAUGCAAUGACCACAUCUCUGUAUUUGAAUUUGAUAUCUUCACUCGAUUAUUCCAGCCUUGGCCAACUUUGCUGAAAAACUGGAAUUCCCUUGCUGUGACACAUCCAGGCUACAUGGCAUUCUUAACAUACGAUGAAGUAAAAGCAAGACUGCAGGCAUACAGUAAAAAGCCUGGAAGUUACAUCUUUCGCCUAAGCUGCACGAGAAUGGGUCAGUGGGCCAUUGGAUAUGUCACACAAGAUGGCAGCAUUCUACAGACCAUUCCUCACAACAAGCCACUUUUCCAAGCUCUCAUAGAGGGAUACAGAGAAGGAUUCUAUCUGUACCCUGAUGGCCAAAAUAUCAACCCGAAUCUGACUGGACUUUGCGAACCUUCUCCACAGGAUCACAUCAAAGUGUCUCAGGAACAAUACGAGAUAUACUGUGAAAUGGAUUCCACUUUCCAGCUGUGCAAGAUCUGCGCAGAAAAUGAUAAAGAUGUCAAAAUUGAGCCUUGUGGACACCUCAUUUGCAACCACUGCCUCAAUGCAUGGCUGAACUCUGCUCCUGAAACAUACAGCUGCCCUUUCUGUCGGUGCGAGAUUAAAGGUAUGGAAGGCAUUGUGAUUGACCCAUUUGAUCCCAGAAAUGAAAAGGAAAUCUUGGACAAAGGGGUCCAGAUCUCACUAUGCUUGGAAGAUGAUGAAGAUGAUGAUGAAAAUGAUCUGGAAGAUGUAGCAUUGCUGAUGAAGAAACUUGCAGAAAUUAACAAGAGAGAGCGACCAGUAUCCCCUCUUCCUCAAGGUCUUCCUCUGCUACCUCCUGUACCACCUCGUCUGGACCUAAUUCCAAACCGCUGUUCAACAAAGGCUCAGUCUGCAAGUCCUAACUCUUCACCCACGACAGGGAAAGCUUUUCAGCUCUCACCACCAAGUCGGACUUUGCCACCUCCACCUAUUCCACCUCCACCUGUGCCUGAAAGGAAUUUGUCUAAUCAAGGAGAUUCAUCCUGGAUCCGAUCUCGUCCUUUACCAAAUAUUCCCCUGGGUUCUACAUCACAGCCACAACCACUUGGAGCUGCAGCCCAAAAUUCAGCAGCCGUAGCAAACCAAUCAUUAAUAUUGUAUGGCUCUGUGAAUUCUUCCACAAAUCAGUCACCAUUCAAGAGCUGCAGGAGUGAAAAACAAAAGAAGGUAAAAUCCUUCAACGGCUAUCCUCAUUCAGAAGUAAUGCCUGCCUCAGUCUCUGGAAAUUCCACAGAAACUGCUACUGCCACUGGUAUGGAAAGGCUUUCUGAAUAUGACAACCCAAAUCUUCUGAAGUCCACCACUGUCCAGCUGAACAGCAGACCUUUGACUCCAAGGUUACGGCACGUAGUGCGACCAGCAGUACCACAGCAUUCCUACAGUGAUGAUGAAGAUAAGAGAAGCAGUUGUCCCCAUCCCUCAGAUGGAAGCAGUCCUGUGUUAGCCAUACUUUCUCAACUAAAAGCCUCACGUACAUCACCUACUGGGCGAGCAGCAUGGACUCCUGGGAAUCCUGACAGAACUAUAGAUGUGAGUGCAUGCCAGAAAGAAGCACAACAGCUCAAAAAUGCUGCAGAUCCACAGGUAAACCUGGCCUUUCAGUGCAGCAGCUCUGUGUUCAAAAGCCCAGAAGAUAUAAGCUGCAUGUCUCCUCAAGACCACUUUAUAACACAAUUGAUGGGAGAAGGUUACUCUCAACAGGACAUUCAAAAAGCAGUAGCUAUUGCACCUGAUGAUAUCACUCUUGCACGGACGAUCUUGAAGUCUUUUGCAAUAGCUCCAGCCACUACAUAUUCUAGUCUAUAAUCUAGCAACACUUUUGCACAAGGACAAGUUCAAAUCAUAGAGCACAGCUCAGGCAAAUGUGAUAUUACUGUAUUAUGCGCAACAAUCACAUGAUACAUUAAUCAUGAAAUGUGAUGAUCCAAACAAGUCCAAAGCUCUGUUUCAUGUGACAUGACAUGUCUGCAUUUAAACUUGGGAAAAAGACCUCACUUCCAGGAAAUGUUAUUGUACAUUCAUUGGGCAGCAGAGAGCAAGACACAGCUACAUAUUCUGACACAAUUUAUUUAUUUGAGGAAAGAUCUGUGCUGUCUAGUCUAGUCCACUGAUUAUAAGGAUCAGUUAACUCACAUCUAGAGAAAAAUCUAGUUUAUAUUUAAAUGCAUUCCAGAAAAUCCCAUACAAAAACAAUGGACGUAAAGGACCAAAACAAGACUGUAUAGAAAACUAAAUCGGCAGUGUACAAGACAGUUGUACUGAUUUCCUAAUCUUCCUUCAUGCCUAUAGCGCAUGUUCAGAAAAUGACACAAUUUGAAGAGUUUUCAUUUUACCAACAGUAUGCCAGGUCACUAUCCUCUCUCAGGAAAGGCUAAUGUGCCAUUUUUAGAGAUGAAGACCUAAAAGCAGUGAUAUAUUGAAAGGAAGAAACACUAUGAAGGCAUUUUUAUGCCAACACGAUAUGUAUAUCAAUUACCACACACACACACAGAACGUACUUGUGACUGGAAUUCUGGAAUUAACUAAAAACUGAUCAGGUUAGCUGAAUGAAGUCCUGUGCAAUGACCUGGAGGCUACUAAAGCUGUAAUUGUAUUGUAGUGCCAAAGUGAUAAAGUAUCUGGUAGUAGAAUGCUGAAUACAGUGACUGCAAGAUAACAAAAGCAAAAAAUGUCCUAAUGUUCUGUAUUUGUCUCACCAGGCUUAAGGACAUGAAAAAAAGACAGAUGGUGCAGUAUGUGUAGUGUUAUCAGCAGCACCCCUUGUAAUGAACACUUUCAGUGUUGUUUCCAUUGUUCUAGGCUUGAUCAUCAGCCACUAAAUAUGAUGUUACACAGUACUACAUGCAAAUUUUACUGACGUGUCACUGUAACAAAGAUGCCAGCACAGCUACUUUCAGCUCAGCAGAUUAGUACUUCAUGUGUGUUAUUGGGACUGAGGCCAUUCAUCAAACACUGAACAUGAAACAUGAGUAUGAUAUUAAGAAAGCACUAUACUGAUUGUGUCUCCUUACUACCUUCCUUCUUGUUGGUUGAAUUGAUUGUUGCCUUGCCAUAAAUAAAGAACACAAUGUACCAUACAAAAAAAAGAUGGAA